CGUUGCUUGACCACAGCGGAUUCAUACCUUGGCUGAAGUUUAGUGUUACACACUUUCUACCACGGCACUCUGUGUAAUGGCGACCGCAGGGCCGUCUUCUGUGGUAAAGUAACUUCAAAUUGGACGGAAUAAAACAGCCUGAGUGCACAUCAACACCUCAGAAAUCUGAAGAUGCUAGGAUCUAAGAGACCAGAGCUCCUCGCUGAUCUGCUAGGUUCUUCCAUUAUGUCGUAACUAAAGGUUGUCCGGCCUCCUUCCUUGGGAAUCCUCUCUCUUAAAUCUCAUUUCCUCUUUUGAAUUUGGGCUUGUAUUCAACAUCAGCAAUCCCCUCACCUGAUGUGGUGAUUUCUAACUGAAUUAUUGGUAGCGCCUCAUCUGGCGCAAUGAGUAGCCUGCAGCAUGGCAGUACAGGCUCAGAGCGAGACCUUCAGUCCGCUGUAUCCUCUGUUAGCCUCCCCUCAGUUAAAAAGAACUCUAAAAGACGCCGUCUGUCCCUUCACUCAUUCUUCGGAAGGAGACUCAGACCUGAACGGGAGUCCAAACGGAAGUCUAGGACUCUGUCAUCUGGGGUGGAUGCGGUUGUCAGCCUUGAAAGCGUGCAGACUGAGACCGGGCUUGACAAAACUUCCACCCAGCCUCCGUUGGACGUAGCGUCCACAUCAACCGGGUCGGGGAGUUUGUCAGAGCUACUGGAAUGCCCCCUGUGCCUGCUUCGCCAUACACGGGACCGCUUCCCGGACAUCAUGACCUGCCACCAUCGUUCCUGCGCAGACUGCCUGCGCCAGUAUCUACGCAUUGAGAUUUCAGAGUCCCGCGUCAACAUCACCUGCCCCGAGUGCUCGGAGCGCUUCAACCCACACGACAUCCAGAUGAUCUUGGGAGACCGAGCCGUCAUGGAGAAAUAUGAGGAGUUCAUGCUGAGGAGGUGGCUGGUGGCCGAACCAGACUGUCGCUGGUGUCCUGCCCCCGACUGCGGGUAUGCUGUCAUUGCUUUUGGCUGUGCCAGCUGUCCAAAGAUCACCUGCGGACGCGAUGGCUGCGGUACAGAGUUCUGCUACCACUGCAAACAGCUGUGGCAUCCCAAUCAGACAUGUGACACGGCACGGCAGCAAAGAGCUCAGAGCCUUCGGCUGAGGAGCUUCAGGUCAUCGUCACUGAGCUACAGCCAGGAGAGCGGCGCAGCCGGCGAUGACAUCAAGCCAUGCCCUCGCUGCUCCGCGUAUAUCAUCAAAAUGAACGAUGGAAGCUGUAAUCAUAUGACCUGUGCCGUAUGCGGCUGUGAGUUCUGUUGGCUCUGCAUGAAAGAGAUUUCUGAUCUGCACUACUUGAGUCCAUCAGGCUGCACAUUCUGGGGGAAAAAGCCUUGGAGCAGAAAGAAAAAGAUCCUCUGGCAGCUUGGGACUUUGGUGGGAGCGCCUGUGGGUAUCGCUCUCAUUGCAGGCAUCGCCAUCCCAGCAAUGAUCAUUGGGAUCCCAGUCUAUGUGGGCAGAAGGAUUCAUAACCGCUACGAAGGAAAGGACAUUUCAAAGCAUAAGAGGAACUUGGUGAUAGCUGGUGGUGUGACGCUGUCGGUGAUUGUAUCUCCAGUGGUUGCUGCUGUCACUGUUGGUAUUGGCGUUCCCAUCAUGCUUGCGUACGUCUAUGGGGUUGUCCCAAUCUCUCUGUGUCGGAGCGGAGGCUGUGGGGUUUCCGCCGGCAACGGAAAAGGAGUUCGAAUUGAGUUUGAUGAUGAAAAUGACAACAUAGGCACCGGGCCAGUAGCUACAGACACUACGUCUGUGGCGGAGACACGGCUCAACAACCCGAGCCUCGGAGACGGCGCAAGCGUCGGAGGUUUGACUGGCCUCAGCGUCAGCGGGAGCCACAUGGAGCGCUGCGGAGUGAGCUCAGCUCAGCGGGACAACAUGAGCGACAACGCCAGCACCACGGCACUUGCUGGGACCAGCAUUACGGGCAGCCUGUCUGGCAGCUGCUACAACAGGAUGGAAGUGCAGGCUGAUGUCCAGAAGGAGCGCUGCAGUUUAAGCGGCGAGUCGGCCACCGUCAGCCUGGGGACGAUCAGUGACAACGCCAGCACCAAAGCCAUGGCCGGCUCCAUUCUCAAUGCCUACAUGCCGCUUGAAAGAGACGGCAGCCUGGAGGUUCCCGCUGACUCUGAGUCCAAACAGGACAAGGUGAGACACGGCAGUGCCAGCAGCAGCAUGGAUGAGACCAGCUGCAGCAGUGGUCCGGCCGUCAUCAAAGGAGCAGGCGCUGACGGAUGUUUAUGCUCAUGUCCCUCCACAUGCUGCUGUGGACAGCCCAGCAACCAGUGUGGCCCCUCUUCCUCUUGUUCUAAGGACCCUAUCACUACUGUGGGCAAAACAUGCAAAAGUAAGCUUUGGAGAAGAGCAAGCAGUAGCAGCAGCAGCAAAGGAGACAGAAGAGUGAAUGAAAAACAAGGCGACAUCGAUGCUCAGUUUCUGGAGCAGCGGAGCGCUAACUCCUCCGAGCUGGAUUCACCGUCUCUGAGCGGUAGCCUGCCUUCAGUGGCCGACUCGCACUGUAGCCACUUGUCAUCCGAGUUCAGCUGCUCCGACCCUGAAACCCUAAAACCUAGCCAACCAUCAUCCCAGAUUGACCCUCCCGCUCAUCAGCCCACUAUCACACCUUUGCCUGAGGUGGAGCAUGACCGCCUCGAGAAUCUCCCAGCUCAGAGUGGCCACGCAGCCUUCAGCCAUCGCUUGCUGUCUUCAUCCCCACCUGCUUCACCUAGAAAGAGAAGCAGUAGGACUUUCCUUUACAUCAGCGAGGACGGCAGCGGUGGAAACACAAAGCCAGAGAGGUUUGUUGAAGAAACCACCAGAAGCACUGCCGAACAGCCUGUGAGCCCCACAAGGAAGCGAUGCAUACAGACAGAUAUUUGAAGGUACCCUUCCUUACUUUUGCUGUGUUACUGCUGCAAACUGUGUUCGCUUCAUCAUCAAAUCUCAACAUCCCCUUAAAGCUAGGAAGCUGAAGAUCAGGGUUUAUCAACGCAGUUAAUCUGUUUAGUAACAUAGGGUGAGAAGGAAGUAGGCAGGAGAUUUAUGGAUGUGUAUACACAAAGAAGAUCAUUUGGAUCUCUGGUUUUAAGUUUCAGUCAAGUUUAAAGAGCAGUGAGCUAGAUUUG